AUGGCAAACAAACAAAAUUCCAAGAAAUCUAAUUCUAUCAAAAACUCAAAAGAACCGCAUCUACUGGAUUCUUCCACUUUUUCAUCAGACAAUUUGAAUAACUUUGGUGAAUUUCAAUUUAAUUCAGACAAAACACCGAAUAAUGUUCUUAAGUUUAGCAACGAUAAUCGUACUGUAGAAUGGUUAAAACCAUAUGAGGCAAGUUGGAUUCCAAUUCCAACAAAAUCAAAAUUACAUUCAGGCAAAUGGUUUUUAGAAUUUAAUGUAGAAGCUAUGAAAAGUGGUCAGAUUGGUGUUGGCUUCUUACUAGAUUGGAAUCUUGGUCCUGACUGGGGAUUUUUUGGUUAUUUAGGUGCUUCCCAGACUGCAUGGUCUUAUGAUCCAUCGACUGGUGAUAUUGUAUCUGGUACAGACUCUAUCCAUGGUAAUUUACCAAAAUUUAAUGGAGAUAGUGGAGUAAUUGGAUUAGAAUUGAAUCUUCCUUCGAGAAAAGAAAUUGGAAAAUUUACAUUUAUUAUAGAUGGUGUUCGAACACCAACGAAAGAAUUACCUAAUUCAGGUGCUGUUGUUAUACCAGCUGUGUGCCUUUUGUCACAAGGACAAAAAGUGACUAUUAGAAAUUUAACACGAUUAGAUUAA